CCACCCCUCGCGACCCGGAUAUACCACGCGGAUGCCGCCCUAUAAAUAGGAGGCGGCGGCCUGACUUGCUCAUUUUUUCCGGCCUCCCUCUUCCUCGCGCGGCGCCUGCCCCGAUUCGAAGCGUGCGAAGAGAGCGAAGCCAGCCCGGAGAGAUGGCCCGUACCAAGCAAACUGCUCGUAAGUCCACGGGAGGGAAGGCCCCCAGGAAGCAGCUUGCAACUAAGGCUGCCCGUAAGUCAGCACCCACCACUGGAGGAGUGAAGAAGCCCCACCGCUACCGCCCUGGAACUGUUGCCCUCCGUGAGAUCCGUAAGUACCAGAAGAGCACUGAGCUGUUGAUCAGGAAGCUGCCCUUCCAGAGGCUUGUUAGGGAAAUUGCACAGGACUUCAAGACUGAUCUGCGUUUCCAGAGCCAUGCCGUACUUGCCCUCCAGGAGGCUGCUGAGGCGUACCUUGUUGGUCUGUUUGAGGACACCAACCUGUGCGCCAUCCAUGCUAAGCGUGUGACCAUCAUGCCCAAGGACAUUCAGCUGGCCAGGAGGAUCCGUGGCGAGAGGGCUUAAUCCCCUCAAUCAUUGUGACAAAAUGAAGAAUCUCGUGUCGUAGUAGUGGCUUAAUGUGGUGCCAUGUUCCGGACAUCUGAGUAGGGCUUGUUCUGUGGAUCAUAAGUUUCUCUUCUGCUGUUUGCUACUACCUUGUUGGUGUUAUUACUAGGGUCGAAUACUUAAAUCGUCUAAUGUUGGUGCCGCGUUGACAGUUUGUGACAUUUGUGCUGUGGCUGAUCGUUCGUUAAUGUCAAGUACUGCGUUACAGUGCGUGUA